GGGCACUUCGCCUGCUCCCUCGAGGAACAAGGUCGAGGAACACGCCGCACAGGGGAGCGCGAAUGUAUGUAAAGUGGGUUCACAUGUCCGUGUACUACAUCAGACGUAUCACUACUAUCGACCGGGUCCGCGGCUGGAACGGAACAGUCGAAUUCUAUUCGCGCAACUGCUUCUUGAUCCUUCUUGGGCGCUCUUUGGGCGCUCGCACGCCUUCCUGCCUUCGCCGCUCUGCAGCCUUUACGAUACCAGGGCGGACUGGAUCAUGCACCCCGGGUGCCACUUGCGCAUGCGCCCUCUGACCGUUACCAUCGUAUAAGGCUCGCCUAACGCCCUCCUUCACCCCAAAUCCCUCAAUGGCAGACUCCUCUGAACCACAGCAACAAGCGCGCCCGAAGCAAAAGCGCCACCGUCCCCGCCUGUCCUGCACGAACUGCACGAACCGGCGACAGAAAUGCGAUCGCCAACAUCCGUGCGGCCUCUGCAUCGAGCGCAACGUGCAGGAUACCUGCGAGUACCUCUCUGUGCCGUAUGCCCGGCCGGCCCCGGGUCGUGGCUCAGGCUCCGCGGAGUCGUCGACCUCGCAGGGCUUGCGUGCGCGCGUCGCGGAACUCGAGCAAGGUCAGACGGAGCUGCGCGACAGAAAUGCGGCGCUAGAGCAGGAGAACGAGACGUUGAGGGCACAGUUGGUCGAUCUUCGGCAACAGCUCAUGCACGCCCUGGCCCAUGCGCACCCGUCCCCUCGUUGGUCGUCCAGCUCGCAAACGCCAGCCGCGUCUGAUUUUGCGUCCCCGAUGUUUGUGGUAGGGGCUCCGGACGAGGACACGCAUCCCAAGCAGCGAGAGGAGCCGAAGCCGCCACCGUAUAUGAGGCCUCUCGACGAUGAUAUAUAUUCCAUCAGCUUUGUUUGGGCGCAGAGGUCUCUCGGGCAUGUGGGAGAGUUCAUCGGAAGAGGGAGUAUCCUCUGUGCGCUUCACUCUGUCAGCUCCAAGUCCACGGCUCGUAUGGUAUACGCCGACUCCACUAAAUCCGUCGAAUGCCCAAUCGACCACCCCGAACUACAUACCCUGCUUCAAAACAUACCCUCGCGCCACAUUCUCGACACUUUGGUCAACCACUUCUUUGAGAGGGUCAACGAUCGUUAUGGAGUACCAGAGGGGUGGUUCCGCCAUACCUACGACCACAUGCAGCAGGAGAGGCUCGCCAACUUCGAGCAGGCUGUAAAUCCCAACUGGUUGGCGCUUCUCUUCGCCAUACUUGCAUCAAUACCCGAGGACGCGUCCUGCCUCGUAACGUUGCGACCCUACCCACACAACACCCAGGUAUAUAGUGAUCAAGCUCAGGAAGCUUGCCGUUUGGCUUCAGCUGCAUACCUCAAGCCCGUACCCGCGCAGCAAAGCCUACGCGCAUCCGCCGCAGAUGGUGCCGUUGUACGAUGCUUUGCUAAGUCUCUUAUGAGCGUCUACCUCGCGGAACAUGGGCACGUCAGCGAAGCCUGGAAGCUGACUGGGUCAGCCAUCCGUCUCGCUGUCUCCGUGGGCAUGCACCGCGAUCCGGACUGGCCGCUCUGGCAGGUGAUGUCCGCCGAGGAGGGAGCCCUGCGGCGCAGAUCGUGGUGGAACCUCGUCAUCCUUGACCGCCUCUACUCCUACGUCCUCGGCAGGCCCCAGAUGGUCCGCAUCGACCUCUCUGAUGUCAAGCUCCCUGACGAGCUCCCGAGCGAGCCAGGCGAUGCCUACAUGGUUCGCUCUGGCCAUCUCCUCCGCUUAUGCCUCAUCAUGGGAGACGCGAUGGAGAAGUGCUUCAGCCCGUCCCUGGUCCCCGGCCCCGCGGUCUACGAGCUCGACGAGAAGUUCAAGGAGUGGAACGCGCGGCUGCCACAGCACGGCGACGCGGACACGCGCCACACGCUCGCGAUCUGGUACUACGCGGCGCGCAUGAAGCUGCACCACGGCUUCGUGACGCGCGGGCUGCCCAUGCAGGGCGGCGCGCUCGAGAAGCGGCGCACGUAUUCGGCGGAGGAGAGCAGGCGGCAGUGCCUCGAGUCGGCGUCGAAGCUGAUCGACUGCUACUGCAGCAAGCAGGAGCAGGACGCGGCGGUGCCGGAGAGCGUGUUCCUGCUGUACGAGGCGACGGUGACGGUGAUCUCGAUGAUGGCGCAGACGCCGGAGGAGCAGCGGUCGCAGAAGUACGAGCGCGUUGUCGAGCGCGCGUACGAACUUUUCCAGCGCGUGGCGGGGCAGGCGAAUCAGGCGAAUGGCACUGCGCAGCUUGCGUUGUGGACGUUGGAGAAGUUGGUGGAGGAUAACUGCUGGAGGGUACCUUCGGGACCAGUAGGCGCGUCCGAUCGAGGAACCGCUGCAACCUCUUCACCAAGGCACCGUGGCUUCGUCCCUCAUUCAGGACGCGACUCAUACUCGCAGACUCCUGGCUCAGGACUGAACAUGCCUCCUCCGCCGCUACCGCCUCCUCCACUAGGCCACCAGUCCUUCGAAUCUGGGCCCUCCUAUGCCAACGCUUCCUACGAGCAUCACGCCUUGGCUUCACAACCUCGCUGGUCAUCCCCGGCUAGCUAUCAAUCACCUGGCUAUCCACCGCCCUCAUCGUACGCGCCGGGUUCGACACUAGCAGGACACCCGACGCCAUCAACGCUACACCAUUCGAAUUCGAGCUCUUCACUACACCCCUCGUCCAGUAACUUACCGCACCCUCCAAUAACCUCGCUACACCCUCCAUUCCCCUCGCCUUCUAGCUUAGCGCCCUCUUCUAGCACGGCACCGCCUCACGGUAGCGACGCGCCGCCGCCUCCAGAUGUAUUGCGGAGCUAUCCUCCCCGGUAGUCUAUGAAUGCGAUUAGGAGUGAUUGAUGAGGGUUCUUCGAACAUGCUAGUAAACUCAGUGAGGCUAAGGUUAGCAAAGUCGAGGCAAGGAACGAGGAUGCAAUGUUCUAUCAUUGCGUGACUUCAGUGAUAUAUGUGGCGUAGAGGCAAGGUCUGCUCUUCCAAGGUACUGCAACAGUAGGACACUGUAUCGCUUCCAUCCGAG